CUCCAAGCCGGGUGGGGCUGGAGCUAGAAGCUAGUUUGAACAAGCCCUGGGCAUGUUUGGCGGGAAGUUGGCUUAGGUCGGACUACCUGUGGCCUCGCGGUUUCCUAGUCCCCGCCUUGUUUCUCCCCAGAGGCUUCUCAAUCCUCCCUCCAUGAUCUCGGCAUAGGGCAUAGUACCCCCUUUGCACGGAGGACGCGAUGGCUCCCAGGAAACGCCCAGAAACACGGAAGACCCUCGAGGUUGUGCUUCGCCCCAGGAACAAGAGGAGCCGAAGUCCCCGGGAACUGGAGCCCGAGGCCAAGAAGCUCUGUGUGAAGGGCUCCGGUUCUAGCAGAAAAUCUGAUUCAAGCUGCCUUUGGGAGGGGUUGGCUAGCCGGCGGGUCCCGCCAUCAUGCUGCAGCAUCAUCAGAGCCCUCCACCAGCAUAAGUUGGGGAAAGGUGCAUGGCCAUCUCUACAGCAGGGUCUCCAGCAGUCCUUUGUGCACUCUCUGGAGACUUACCGGAUAUUCCAAAAGGCCGCGCCCUUUGACAGGAGGGCUACGUCCUUGGCAUGGCACCCGACUCACCCCACUACCUUGGCUGUGGGUUCCAAAGGGGGAGAUAUCUUGCUCUGGAACUUUGGCAUAAAGGACAAACCCACCUUCAUUAAAGGGAUUGGAGCCGGAGGGAGCAUCACUGGGAUGAAGUUUAACCCUCUCAAUACCGACCAGUUUUUCGCCUCCUCAAUGGAGGGAACAACUAGGCUGCAGGACUUUAAAGGCAACACUCUCCGAGUUUUUACCACCUCAGACACCUGCAACAUCUGGUUUUGCAGCCUGGAUGUUUCCGACAAAAGCCGAGUGGUGGUUACAGGCGACAAUGUGGGGAAUGUGGUCCUGCUGAACAUGGAUGGCAAGGAGCUUUGGAAUCUCAGAAUGCACAAAAAGAAAGUGACUCAUGUGGCCCUGAACCCAUGCUGUGAUUGGUUCCUGGCCACAGCCUCCGUAGAUCAAACAGUGAAAAUCUGGGACCUGCGCCAGGUUAGAGGGAAAGCCAGCUUCCUCUACUCGCUGCCGCACAGGCAUCCUGUCAACGCAGCUUGUUUCAGUCCGGAUGGAGCCAGGCUUCUGACCACUGACCAGAAGAGUGAGAUUCGGGUUUACUCUGCCUCCCAGUGGGACUGCCCCCUGGGCCUGAUCCCGCACCCUCACCGUCACUUCCAGCAUCUCACGCCCAUCAAGGCAACUUGGCAUCCUCGGUACAACCUCAUUGUCGUGGGCCGAUACCCAGAUCCUAAUUUCAAAAGCUGUACCCCCUAUGAGUUAAGGACAGUCGAUGUGUUUGAUGGAAACUCAGGGAAGAUGAUGUGUCAGCUCUAUGACCCAGAAUCUUCUGGUAUCAUUUCGCUCAAUGAGUUCAAUCCCAUGGGGGACACGCUGGCCUCUGCAAUGGGUUACCACAUUCUUAUUUGGAGCCAGGAUGAAGCUGGGACACGGAAAUGAGGCACACUAAAGAAGGUGUGGGCCAAGCAAGGGGCUUGGAGCCCACCAACGGGUACACGUCCUGGGAAAAGAGGCAGUUGUUUGUUAAAGGGCCAAAGUAUCCAAGUCUUGGGGUUGGAGCAGGGUCACUGUAGAUGGGGCUGGGACUGGGACACUGGCAUGUUACUGCUCUGAACUUAGCUCCAGAAACUUCUCCAGAGUUGGCGACCCAGCUGCCCCAAGGGUCUCUGCUGUUAUCUAGCCUGGAACCAAGCUUAGCCUGGAACCAAGGUGCUUUUCUCCUCUCUCACGUCUGGUGGCAGAGUGCUCAGGUGGUGUGUUUGACUUAUGCUCACUAUUGACAUGGACAAUAAAACCAUACCCAACUGA